AGUCCAAACUCCAAACAAUCACCUUGUUUCUCAUGAUUCUUCGUUUUUUUUUAGAUACAUGCUGAGCUUCAACUGGGUGUUUCGAGGCGCAUGAUCAGGUUCUUUGGUCACCGCCGGAGGCUACCAUGUUCGUAUUUCAAAGCGCCUUACAAUUUUGGAGGUCGGAGAAGCAUUCUUCGAUGUCAGUUCUCUGCACAAGCUGCCCUAGCUCAGCAAUGGACGACUAUCACCGAGCGACCGAGGCCAGAGUUCGAUUCUCAUGCCUAUGCUGCUGUGCUCCAAGACUGUAUCCAAAGCGGUGAUCUGAAUUUAGGAAAACUUAUUCAUUGUAGGAUUAUGAAACUUGGUAAUUGUUUGGACUUGUUUGCUUUCAAUGUCCUUCUCAAUGCGUAUGUGAAAUUUGGGUUGUUGCUUGAUGCCGAGAACUUGUUUGAUGAAAUGCCCGAGAGAAAUACGGUUUCCUUUGUGACGCUAAUUCAAGGGUAUGUACAGUCAUAUAAAUUCUUUGAGGCCUUUGAGUUAUUUGCCAGACUACAUGGUGAAGGCCACGAGCUUAAUCCGUUUGUUUUCACUACUAUUUUGAAGUUGCUUGUUAGUAUGGAAUGGGCAGAAUUGGGACAUGUUGUCCAUGGUUGUGUAUAUAAGAUUGGCUUUGGUUCUGAUACUUUCAUUGGGACUGCUCUUAUUGAUGCUUACUCUGUAUGUGGAUGUGUUAAUAUGGCUAGAGAAGUAUUUAAUGGGAUUAGGUGUAAGGAUAUGGUAUCUUGGACUGGUAUGAUUGCUUCUUAUGCUGAGAAUGAUUGUUUCUCUGAAGCAUUGGAACUUUUCUCACAGAUGAGAGUGGUUGGAUUCAAACCAAACAAUUUUACUUUUGCUGGUGUGCUUAAGGCAUGUCUUGGCCUGCAAGACUUUAGUGCAGGGAGGACAGUUCAUUGUUCUGCUUUGAAAACAAGUUAUGAGCAAGAUCUUUACGUAGGAGUUGCCUUACUUGAAUUGUACACUAGGUGUGGUGGCAAUGAUGAUGCAUGGCGAGCAUUCGGGGAUAUGCCUAAAAAAGAUGUGAUUCCAUGGAGUUUCAUGAUUGCAAGAUUUGCGCAGAGUGGUCAAUCUGAAAAAGCUGUCGAACUUUUUUGCCAAAUGAGGAGAACUUUUGUUAUGCCCAAUGAAUUUACAUUUUCUAGCGUGCUCCAAGCUUCUGCAGCUUUGGAGGCUUUAGAUUUGGGUAGAACGAUCCAUGGACAUGCACUUAAGGCUGGACUAUCUGCUGAUGUGUUUGUGUCGAAUGCCCUUAUGGCUUGCUAUGCUAAAUGUGGGUGCAUUGAGAAAUCAAUGGAACUAUUUGAGGCGUUAUCAUACAAAAAUGAUGUCUCUUGGAACACAAUUAUUGUUGGCUAUGUGCAGUUGGGUGUUGCGGAGAAGGCACUGAGUCUGUUUUCAAAUAUGCUUGGAUACGAAGUCCCAGCAACUGAAGUGACUUACUCUAGCAUUCUUCGUGCUUGUGCUACUCUUGCUGCCAUAGAACUCGGACUUCAAAUUCAUUCCUUGACAGCCAAAACCAUCUAUGGCCAGGAUAUCGCAGUUGGUAAUGCUUUGAUAGAUAUGUAUGCCAAGUGUGGUAGUAUUAAUGAUGCUCGUUUGAUGUUUGACACAUUGAGUCUACGAGACAAAGUUUCAUGGAAUGCUAUUAUCUGUGGAUAUUCUAUGCAUGGUCUAGGAGUGGAGGCAAUAAAAAUGUUUGAUCUUAUGAAAAAAAGAGAGUGUAAACCAGACAAGUUGACUUUCGUUGGUGUCUUGUCAGCAUGUAGCAACACAGGCCGGUUGGAUGAAGGAAAACAAUAUUUUAAUUCUAUGAAACAGGAUUAUGGCAUUGAACCAUGUAUGGAGCACUAUACCUGUAUGGUGUGGCUUAUUGGGAGAUCGGGUAAUCUUGAUCAGGCCAUAAAGUUUAUUGAAGAUAUCCCUUUUGAGCCUAGUGUAAUGAUUUGGCGUGCUCUACUCGGGGCUUGUGUUAUCCAUAAUGAUAUUGAACUAGGAAAAAUUUCUGCCCAGCGUGUGCUUGAGAUGGAACCUCAGGAUGAAGCAAGCCAUGUAUUAUUGUCCAACAUCUAUGCAAGGGCGAGAAGGUGGGAUAAUGUGGCUUAUGUUAGAAAGAAUAUGAAGAGAAAAGGGGUGAAGAAGGAACCCGGCUUAAGUUGGAUUGAGAAUCAGGGUAUCGUUCAUUGUUUCACUGUGGCUGAUACUUCACACCCCGACCUGAAGCUAAUCAACGGGAUGCUCGAAUUUUUAAACAUGAAAACCAGAAGGGCAGGAUAUUCUCCCGAUCUUAAUGCUGUACUACUUGAUGUGGAAGAUGAUGAGAAGGAGCGUCUCCUUUGGUUGCACAGUGAAAGAUUAGCCUUGGCUUUUGGUCUGAUUAGGAUGCCAGCUGGAUGCCCGAUUCGCAUAAUUAAAAAUCUCCGUAUAUGUGUUGAUUGUCAUUCUGCAAUUAAGUUAAUAUCCAAGAUUGUUGGACGUGAUAUUAUUAUUAGAGACAUGAAUCGUUUCCAUCACUUUGGCGAUGGGUUAUGCUCUUGUGCUGACUACUGGUGACCAUAAUUUACUUCAUACAUGUGGUGGAUUAACAUUUCAUCAACUAGUGCGCAACUUGAAAAAUUCAAGGUUGUAGAUAUGCUGGGGGUAAAAAUAUUAGUCAUUGAGAAGAAAGAUGGCAUAAGUUGUAGGUAUGGUUAUUCCUGUCUUUGUUUUAUCUGACAUAACUUUUCUUUACAUGGAAAAUAGAUGAGAUGAUUAGGCGAUGAACUCAUGUCACAUGUGAGUCUAGUUACUUAUCCAAUUUUGUAGGGGUGUAGGAUUUAUUUAUUUAUAUUUAUUUUUUCGGGAGUAAGAAACUAGAAACUUUAUAGAAGCCAAGAAGCAAAAGCAAAAACGGUGGGCCAUCUCUUUCUUUA